AUUUCUCACAUCAAAUAUAGGCAUUCAUAACUUUAGAUCGAGUUCAAAUAAUACUGUUUAAAAUUAUUUUAGCGUCGCUUUCGAUAUAAGUUUCAUUUAUGUUUUUGUCGUUAAUAGAUACACAUAGUCAAAGGUGAAUUUACACAUUGAUAAAAUUAUGUUACAUCGGCAUCACUCUAUCGGUAGACUGCAAAGUGGUUAUAUAUUUUUAUUUGGUUAUAACUGACAGUUAUUAACGUGACUUUACAAUUGUUACGUGAAUUGUUACCAAUAAAAUAUUUCUUUUCUCAAUCAUUUAUACGUGCGUUUAUUAUAAUUUAAUUAAUUAAAUAUAAUUUAUAAUAAAUUAUAAUAAAAUAUUUAUAAAUAAAUUUACGCGGGAUAAAAAGAGGUUAUGGCUACGGAAGAAGGUUUCGAACAGUUCGAAGAUGAAGAGGCUGAGAUUGCUAUCGGUGGUACAUUACCAGGAGGAAGGAAACGUCUCUUUUCGAAAGAACUUCGAUGUAUGAUGUAUGGCUUUGGUGAUGAUCAAAAUCCUUAUACUGAAAGCGUUGAUUUACUCGAAGAUCUUGUCAUCGAAUUCAUAACAGAAAUGACCCAUAGAGCUAUGGAAAUUGGACGUACUGGACGAGUUCAAGUAGAAGAUAUUGUCUUUUUAGUUAGAAAAGAUCCACGCAAGUAUGCCAGAGUGAAAGAUCUUCUAACAAUGAAUGAAGAAUUAAAGAAAGCAAGAAAAGCAUUUGAUGAAGUUAAAUAUGCAGGUACUGUUAGCCAGUAGAAUUAUGUUUAUAUUAUGUUUUUAAUAUGAUUUUGUCUGAUUGAUGCAAUCUAUGUGAUUUUCAAUAAUAUUUUUUUUUUAAUUAAGAAAGGAGCAUUAGUAGAUAUAAAAAAAGAAAAAUGUUAUGCAUCCAUAUAGAUUGCAAGUUAUUAAGCUUAAACUUUAAUAAGUAACAUAGCAAGAAUAUGUUUCAAUGUUUCUAUAACAUUGUUUGGUUUGUGCAAUGCUAUAACAUUGCAUUAUUUGUACUGAGCUUAAGAAUGUAGAGUUAUUGUUUUUUUUUUUAUUUAUUUCUUUUUUUUUUUUAAUUUGUUUAUUCUUUAUAAAUUAUUUCUUUAAGAAGAAAAAAGUUUACAUUAAAAAAUAUCUGAUAUAUAGUACAUUAUAUAGUAAUUUAUAAUACAAAUAUGUUAUCUUUUAAUAUCUGCAUGCCUUACUUUGCAUGCCUUAAGCAUGUCCAUACUUUUUAUGUUUACAUUCCAUGUACAUGCAAAGACUGGACAUUGUUUAACUAUUAUUCAAGAGAAUAGAAUUAAAACGUAAAGAAUAUUAAAUUAUUAUUACCUAAUACAAUUGGUAUAUAUUAUGCUUUUCAAUUUUUAUAUAUAUAUAUAUUUUUUUUUUCUAAAUGAUCAAGUUAAAUCUUCAUUGAACAAUUUCUUAUUAACAUAUAAAUAUUUUAUGCUUUUACAUUUUAUUUUAUUAAGUAGUGUAUACGUAAGAAACACACAUGUACAUGAAGUAUAAGGCAUUGUUGUUAAUUGCUGUAAUAAAUUAUUUGCAAUUUU